CAUGUAUAUGCUCUAAAGCGUGUACAUGACUCAGUGAGUCACAAGUUACCUACGCGUACGGUAGGGUACACGGAGUCGCAGCGGGACAACCUACGUGUUCGUCAAUAAAGAGUGGGACUGUGCAGUAUGACUACCGUGCAACUGGAAAGCCUGUUUAGGGCAUGCGACAAGACUGGCACUGGGAGGAUCGGGCUGGACGAUUUCCGCGAGCUCUGCACGGAGUUCGAUAUCCUCGAAUCGGACUGUGUCGCUAUAUUCCAUGACCUCGACCACGACGGAGACGGCCAGGUGAGCCUCGAGGAUUUCGCGUGGGGGUUCCGCGAUUUUUUGCGGAGCCCCCAGGCACGCAAGGGCUCAGUGUUGGAGUACGAAAAUCUGAUGGUGAAGGGCAAGGCUGAGCCGGCGGCAGCACUAGAACUCGUUCAGCGGAGACACUCGGAGGCGCGGAACGCUUGGGCCAACCUAGUCGCCGGUGUGGGGGAGCCUGCUGUCAGAAAGUUCCUCAACCAAAGUGGCAGUAAGCUAGCUGACCUCUACCAGGAACUGAGGACGGUGGAAGGGACUCCUCAGCUGCUGGUGACAUUCGAAGGUGCCAUCAGCUCUCUCAUUGAUGACAUCAAAGUCCUUCACGAAGAGAACAGAAAGUUGGAAGACAUGUUAAAUAAAGAGCAUGAAAGACACAUAGGCCAACUGCGUACCUUGGAAGAGGAAAUGGAUUCACAAGUGGCUCGAGUAGAAGCUAAGGCAAGAGAGGAUGCCCGACAAAAAUUUGAAGGCGAGAAAAGGACUAUUGUGAAGAAGAUGGAAUCAGAAAUAAUGGAACUGCAAACUCAUUUAAGGCUGUUUAAAAAGGUGAAUAAUGUGCUGAGUGAGGGGAGAGACAAAAAUAAGUAUAAAGAAAAGGACUUCGAAGAAUCGGAAGAGGAAUUAAGGCAACUAAAACUGAUGUUGGCUGACAAGGAAGCCAACUUGGCUAUUCUUGGGGCAGAAAUGGGACAACUGCGAGCUGAGUAUGAAGAUAAAUGCAGCCAACUAAACAGCCAAAGUGUAGCUCUUAGCCAGUAUCAAAACCAGACAGACCAAAUCCACCACAAAUUACGAAUGUUACAGAGGGCAAAUAACAAACUGCAAGAUACAAAUGACAGUCUCUUGAUGAUCAUGGAUACUGGAGGUCGGUCGCCUUUGUGUUACAGCACUGCCUCUUCUGUGGAGUCCGAUGAGCACCUACGCAAGCCAAAGUGGGCAAUCAUGGAUCACAGAACACCCUCCCCUCACAGCAUGGUCGGGGAGAAUAACUACUAUAUAUGUGUUCCUGAGUAUACCAGUGAAUAUGAUGCAGCAGACAGUGGGCGAUCUACUCUUAGAGAACAACUGGAGUAUGAGCUGGAUAACCGCUGUUACAUAGAGCCCAGUCGUAACAGUGAUGGAGAGUACCAAAAUAUAAGUCUAGAAGAACAGAGUUGUUCAAACGGUGUGGUUAUUAGACAGCUUGACAGUUCUCUGAGCCAUAUCAGUGUCUUCAGUGACCUGGAACCUACCGGACCCCCAGACAGAACAUACAAGGUUGUCUUUGCUGGAGAUGCUGCUGUUGGGAAAAGCUGCUUUAUCCAUAGAUUCUGUAAGGGAGUCUUUGCUGUAAACCUGGGAUCUACUUUGGGAGUGGAUUUUCAAGUAAAAACAAUUAGGAUAGAUAUGAAGAAUAUUGCUUUGCAACUUUGGGAUACAGCAGGGCAGGAGCGAUUUCGAUCCAUGACUACGAAUUACUUUCGUAGGUCUGACGGAGUUAUCCUUGUUUACGACACAACAAAUGAGAGAUCGUUUUUGAAUGUUCGUCAUUGGAUGGAUUCCAUUGAGGGCUUAUCAACAAAAAAGAUACCAAUCUACAUUUGUGGCAAUAAGGUGGAUCUUCGUGACGAGGCAACAAUGAGGGGAAUCACCUGUGUCACCAGUGAGCAAGGGCUGAAGAUGGCUGAACAGAAUGGAGCAGCAUUCUAUGAGACCAGUUCUAAAACAGGCUACAAUAUAAUCAACACUCUUGUUGCAUUAUCCAGAGACAUGUUAACAGUGGAGGAUGAUGAAAUCAUGUCUUCAACCAUGCUCAUCAUAGACAAAAAACAAGAGCGAAGAUGCUGUUGAAGUUUGUGACGUACCACUUAAGGAAUAAAGACAUUUCAUUACUUUUUAUCUGUGUGCAUUACCAUGUGAUUAAAUAGAAUCUUAAGCAUUACAAAACCUAUUGAUGUUAUGUUAAUUUGUUUCAUGCCAUGAAUAUUAAGGAUGAUUUUUAGUAUUUAUUUUGUUAGUGAAUAUGUAUUAUUUAUUUCACCCUAGUGAUAACACUAUGCCCAUGCUUAAAAUUAAUUUUAAAUUAAAGAAUUUUAAUUUUUCAUUAGAAUUAAAAUUUAUACAAGUGUCAGUCAUAGGAAUGAGAUAUAAACAUCCCUUCCAGAGAACUUUUAACAACUCUAUGCUCUUUCAGUUAGCUGGACAGUUACAGUUCAGAUAUUAAAAGGUUCCUAGCUGUCAGAUGUAUGAGGUACAUAAAUCCUUAUUAAUUUGACUUUAUACAAUGCACAAAAAUGAUAAAACAACAUCAUGUCUCUUUACUUAAUUCAUAUUUAACAUGUCCAUAUAAUCAACAUGCCUUAGUACAGUUACACUACCUAAUGUUAGUGUAUUG